UGCCCGCUUGGCCUCGGAAGUUGUCCUGAGCAGAGUCCGGCCCAGAGCGAGGCCUGGCUGCCGCUCUCGGGACGGGAGCUCCGGUUCGGCCAAGCGGGGAAGGAGGACUCGGGGCUGCUGUCGUCUGGCCACCCGCAGGCGGCUGGGCCUCAUGAAGAAGGUCAAGUGGCUAUUUGUGUGGAAUGGCAACAUGAUGUUUUGAAGUAUGACACAAGUACUGAUGCUGCACCAGUGGCUAGGAGUAUUAAUGGCCAAAUCUAGCAAUUACAUGGUCUCCUAAAGAAGUCAUGGGUAGCUGUUGUAGCUGUCCAGAUAAAGAAACAAUUCCCGAUAAUCAUCUAAACAAAUUCAAGGUUAUUAAUGUGGAUGAUGAUGGUAAUGAAUUGGGUUCUGGUAUAAUGGAACUUUCAGAUACAGAACUAAUCUUGUAUACCCGUAAACGGGAUUCUGUCAAAUGGCAUUACCUCUGUCUGCGCCGCUACGGCUAUGACUCCAAUCUCUUCUCUUUUGAAAGUGGGCGAAGAUGUCAAACUGGACCAGGAAUAUUUGCCUUCAAGUGUGCCCGUGCAGAAGAACUAUUUAAUAUGUUGCAAGAGAUCAUGCAGAAUAAUAGUAUAAAUGUGGUAGAAGAGCCAGUAGUAGAAAGGAAUCAACAUCAAACAGAAAUUGAAGCUCCAAGAACUCCCCGCACACCUACUACACCUGGGUUGAGUGGGCAGAGUCUACCUAAUGGCUAUCCAAGGUAUCCCUCCUAUGGAGAUGCUUCAUCACAUCCCUCCAGUAGACACCCCUCUGUAGGAAGUGCACGUCUUCCUUCAGUAGGUGAAGAGUCAACACACCCCUUGCUUGUAGCAGAGGAGCAAGUCCAUACAUAUGUGAACACAACUGGUGUACAAGAGGAAAGAAAAAACAGGCCAACUGUGCGAACACCUCUGGAACGAAAGGCUUCUAAUGCAGAAGCAAGCAAAUCAAAAGAUGGUGAAACUUGUUCCGAGAACAGAGAUGCCCAGGUCAUACUGGAACCUGAAGGAGUCAAAUUUGUUCUGGGCCCAACGCCUGUCCAGAGGCAGUUAAUGGAAAAAGAAAAACUGGAAUCAAGUGGGAAUAGUGCUCAAGCUAGUGGGAACAGUACUGAAACUAGUGGAAACAGUACUCAAGCUGUUGGGAGCAGUAACAAUGAAUGGGACACUGGAUAUGACAGUGAUGAGCGCAAAGAAAUAUCUUCUGGUAACAAAUUACCAUAUGAAAAUGUAAAUAGAUUGUCCAUCCCUAGUGCCUCAGGGCUCAGGAGAGGUCGUCUGCUAUCAUCCAGCACCUCUGAUACUCAGAAUAUCAACAAUUCAGCUCAGAGAAGAACUGCAUUGCUAAAUUAUGAAAAUUUGCCAUCUUUGCCUCCAGUUUGGGAAGCCCACAAACUAAGUAAAGAGGAGGAGGAGAGUUUAGGACCAAAGACCCCUUCCCUGAAUGGCUACCACAAUAACUUAGAUCCCAUGCAUAAUUAUGUCAAUACAGAGAACGUAACAGUGCCAUCAAGUGCUCACAAAAUAGAAUAUGCAAGACGUCGGGACUGUACCCCAACAGUCUUUAAUUUUGAUAUUAGGCGACCAAGUUCAGAACACAGGCAGCUCAAUUAUAUACAGGUUGAUUUGGAAGGUGGCAGUGACUCUGACAACCCUCAGACUCCAAAAACACCUACCACUCCACUUCCACAGACUCCAACCAGGCGCACAGAGCUGUAUGCUGUGAUUGACAUUGAAAGAACAGCUGCUAUGUCAAGCUUGCAGAAAGCACUGCCACGAGACGAUGGUACAUCUAGAAAAACUAGACAUAACAGUACUGACCUGCCUAUGUGAGCCUGGAAAACACUAGUUAAAUUGCACCUUUAUGAAGUGUUUGGUUUUUUUAAUUAACUGAAUGAAUGCUCUGUUUUGUGCUAUCACCUUUCGUAGAUCGAUAGAUUUUUUUUCAGAAUACUUCAUCAUGUGCUUGUUUGACGAAAGGGAAUUUUUAAAGUAGAAAGAGUAUUGAAUAAUACAGUUUCAUUUUACCAUUGUAGUAACAGCUUUUGGAAGCAUUUUAAUAGUGCCUAUUUCAUUGACUGAAAGUUGGAGUAACAUGCCAGUUUUGACAGACGGGCCAUGUGCCUAAAGUCACUGAAGGCAUUCUGACAUCUGUGUGUCUCCUGAAGCUUGCAUUACUAGCAGAUCAGUUUAGUCUCUCAUAGUAUGUCUGUAUAUUUGCAUCUUCCAAUUGAACACGGGCUCAUGGCAUAAAUGGGAGAUUUUCUGGUCAAUUUGAGUCGAAUUCCAGUACAAAUUCCUUUUUAUCUAGCAUAUCUGGGAUAAAUAACUUUCUGGUAUGCACGAACCACUUCUUAGUUGUUAGAGAGGACAAACAGCUGUCAUUCUCUAAAGCCCCCACAAUAGGAGUAACUUGUCAAGUUGCUGAAGAGUACAAGUGUAUUAAUAAAGCUAAUUAAUAAGUUUUAAAAGGGUACCACGACUUAAGAGUGGCUAGUUUUUGGAAGGGAGAAAAACUGAUGAAAUCAGCAGCUUCUUAAAUAUUUAGUAUCAUUUAGCACUUGGUAUCAGUUUUAAAACAGUCCAUAAAUUAAUGACCAGAUGCACUUUAAAACUAUCAAGCAUAAAUCCAGCGACUAGUAAUUGAAAAACUAGUUAUCAGAUCAGUUUGUAUCUCAGAUAAAAAGUCUAUGCUGUCGUUUUAGGGUUUGUUUCUUUUGCUCUGUCAAAUUGAAAUGACCUGUACCUUUUGUGACAUUUGAGUAGGUAGCAUAAAGGAGUUGGUGCUGGGCUAAAGGGCUAUAAUUUCUCUGUGCAGAUUACAGAGGACCUCACAAUGUGCCUUUUCUGGCACUCUCUUCCCACUGUGGCCCUCUGCAUCUCCCCCCCCCCCAUGGCUCUGAAGAUCAGGGAGCCCUUUAUGCUUUAUGCUUGAAUAUCAUCCCAUCUGGUGGAGGAGUACUGCUGGAAGUGGGGGCGGGGGGGACACAUCAGUCCUCCUUGUGCAUGCUAUUUGUGUGUAAGAGGACACAUCAAUGUUUUAUUUCAGCAGUAUAACAUCAGCCUUAGGCUUGCAACAACUUUCCAAAUGGCAGCUUCAGGUUUUUCUGUAGAGUUGUACAGAUGUAACAAACAAAAUAUAUUUGUGAUGUAAUUCACAAUUAUAUUGUGUGUAUGGUGGAAUCGCCUUUACGCAGACGAAUACAACAAAUAUUUAUGCACCGCUUUUCAACAAAAGUUCCCAAAGCAGUUUACAUAGAUAUAAAUAAAAUAAAAUGGCUCUCUGUCCCCAAAGAGCACACAAUCUAAAAAAUAAACAAAAUAGACACCAGCAACAGCCACUGGAGGGAUGCUGUGCUGGGGAUGGAUAAGUUCUUUCUUUUAGUUCUUUCAACUUCUCUUCCUUUCCUCACAUCUCAUUUGUGUUUCAGUCUGUCCUGUACAGUCUUUGAGUUGCAGCUGUUAAUUUUGUACAUAGUCUUUGUUUAGUGUAUUUUUAUGUGUUUCAUCUUAUUCAAUUUCUAUAUUGCCAUGGGGAAACUUUUGGAAGACCUAUUGGCAAUAUUCUCGCUUAAGAGAAAGGCUCUCUUAUGGAAAGUUGCAUUAUGGAUGGUCGAGGACAAAGUGCUAUUGCAGCUUGGAGAUGAAUUGGCAUAUUAAGACCUGUAUUUUUUAUGCUUGAUUUCUUCCAAAAGAAAAGAAUUGGAGGCCUAUAAUACUCAGUUCGAAGGCAUCAUAUGACUUACUGGUACAAGCUAGCAAAAUGAUUCCAUAAAUAAUAGUGCUCUUGGAUUGUUAAAGACUGAGAUCUAAGUGUUUGUGUUGGCACAUCUACCUAAGGUACCUGCAUAUAAUCUAGUGCUGUCAUAAUGUACUCCUUUUGGGUAGUAUUAUGCUGACACUGCUGGCACAGCAUGCAGUUAGCUGGAACAGAACCUACUGAAAAUGUGUAGAGAAUCUCUGAAAGUAAUAUUCAUGGAUAUAUGAACUUGACUGUUUAAUAGAUGGCUGAUAGCUUAACUACUGCUUAAUAUUCCCAAUACAUUUUGGCAUGUGCUGAUCUUACCUAAUACUCUGUUCAGAUUCACAGUACAUAGAAUAGCCCGUGUAGCAGAAGGCUCAUGUAGCACAAACCACCCCAAAUCUAAAGUUGUGCAGGAAGCAAUAGAUGUAAGCUGAUGAGGCACAUGUGAAGACGUAAACAUUUCCAGAAAUUAACACUGGGGAGAUUGAUUUCUAGGAAGAAAAUGGAAAAUUAGAGGAAAAAUCCAAAUAUAUGCAAAUUUUCCUUUCUGUCUAAACCUGUAUUCACUCUAUGAACAUGAAAAGUGCCAUGUAUCACUUGGCACAUAAAAUGAUACUGUUUGGUAUAUUUAUGAAAUUGCAAGGUAUAAAGUCUUUGUUUUAUUCAAACAAAUACAGGUGAAACUUUGUAUUCGCGGACUCCAUAUUCACGGUUUUUCGUAUCCGCAGUCAGGGAAUUGGCACCCGACCUUGGUAUACGUGGAAAAAACGGCAACUAAGGGGUUAAAUUUCAUGUAUCCGCGGGUCGGGGGUGGCCGGAAAUGACCUCAGACGUAAUUUCUGACCACCAUUUUGGAAUUGAGAGCCUCAAAAUGGCUCCCUUAGGGGUGGGGACCGGGGUGAAUGUGAUUUUUGGCUAAUUUUUUACUGUUGGGAGCACUGCUGUGCUUCUGUGGACCCGUGGAUCAUGUUAGGUCACUUCCCCCUGCAUUUUUUAAAAAAACAUUUUUGAACAUUCAACCUCCAGGAACCUAACCCCCAUGAUCACAUUGCCCUGAUGCCUUUGUAUUCAUGGUUUCUCUUCCCAGUGUUAGAAAUGGAGCUGCUACCUAAGUGUAUGUAUUGGUUUUUGACAGUUGACAAAAUAGCAUAAACCAUAAAAUGAACACUGAAAAUUGAAAUAUAAGUGGUGUAGUAUACAACAGAAGAUUUUAUUAUUGGGACUUAGUGCUUACAUAAUCAUUAGUAAUAAACAUGGUUUUGUUAAGAGAAAAUAUAUUCUUAGGAAGGACAUUCAGAAAAGAAACAUACCUUAAAAAGUAAUUAUAAUGUACACAGACUGCAGUCCUGUGCACACUUGAUUGGAAUUUGAGGCCCAUUGAAUUUAGUGAGACUUGCUUCUGAAUAAGCAUGUAUAGAUAGAAGGCUCAAGUGUUCAGAGUAACUUUAGAAAAAAAUUGCUAUUCUGAACUCGUGUGUGUGUGUGUGUGUGUGUAUAUGUAUAUGUAUGUGUAUAUACACACACAUACUGUUUCUUUAAUAAAUGUCUGAAAGACCCAAUAGCUUCUGAUCUCGAAUUUUACUUUAUGAACUUGAGAAAAUGGAAGGUUUGAAUGAAUUGAAAUUUCCGAACUCUUCCAUGUUACUUUGUUCUUUGAUUGUUAUACAUAUUUUCAAGUAUUCAUCAGUUUAUUUCACAGUGCAGAAGAUGGAGAAAUGAGGCAAGUAAGGACCAAGAGGAGUAAGGCCUUGCAAUCAUAUUGCAGGAGUAAUAUGCUUGCAGAUGUCUGGUUUGGACCACAUGCCUGCAAAUGCUCUGUAUUCUGCCACUUUUGAAAGUACUUUUCUAACAUCAAGUGCUAACAGUGUUGCUUGGUUAGAAAUCUGGACAAAUGUAGUAGCAGUCCUAUAAUCACUAACACUGAUGAUCACCUCUGGGGCUGGGGCUGGGGCUGUAGCUCAGUAGGUCAGCUUUGCAUGCAGAAUGCCCCAGGUCCAAUCCUUGGAAACUCCAGGUAGCCUUGGGAAAGACUCUACAAAUCAGAUGGACCAAGGGUCUGACUCCGUAUAAGGCAGCUAUUUAUCAUUAAUAGCAAAAUUAAUGCCAUAACCAACCUUUGUGUCUUGGAUCUAGGAGUUUUGCAGCAGUGUAACUUGCUGUAACAGUAUGCUUGUAAAAGUAUUAUUCUGAAAGAGAAAAUACUGCAUUUUUUAGUUUUCCCUCAAACUUCUCAUUUUUCCACCAUUUUCUCCCCCAAAUUUUCCAGUUUCCCUAUGUCUUCAUGUGCAUUUUUGUAUUGUCUAAAACUGUAAUAUAUCAAAUAAUUGCAAGUAUCUUCCUGCAGUAGUUGAGCAAACACACACACAACCCAAAACCUUAAAUCUGAGCUCUUUAUGUGAAGAACCCCUUGGAAAAGCUGCUUUUUAAUUACAUUGUGAUUUUGUCCUCAUUUCAAUAAUACUUAAGAAGCUAUGCUGCUUGAAAUAGCUUCUUCCUUACAUUCUGUGGGAUGGUAUUUGAAUAUACAGCUAGAAUAGGUUGCAAUCAUAAUAAAGAUUAGAUUUUCUAAAAAACCCUAUUGAUAUACUUAAGACUUUUUAAAAAAAAGGUCCUGAACUACAUCCAGACUAAUGUAGCGCUAGCAUAUACUCUUGUGGUAGUGCAGAGAAAGUAAUGUCUUUCCAGACUAGUCCUUUCUCUAGCAGAAGACGACAAUUUGCACAACAUGUUGCGCAGUCUUGUAGUGCAGCUAGAGGUGCAGCUUCACAUUGUGGAGACCAUAACUUCACACAACUGUGCAGACUUCUUAAGCAUGCACAACUUCUCUUUUUUGGAUUUCAGCUCCUAAUUUUGGUCAAAGUAUUGGUCUAGACUCUCUCUCUCUCUCAAAGUAUGUCUGAAUAAUAUGAAAGCCCUUACUCCUCUACUGGUGUUCUGCAGCAAUCCAAAACCUGAUUGGCAGGACUCCAUUUUGUUCAGCUUCAGGAUCUUGCUUGAGUAAAAUAGUUGCUGUUGCAAAGUAUACAGUGGAAUAUAAAAGAGGAUGUGGCUAAAAUGUCUUUAUACAAAGCCCAGAUUUGAUCAAAAUUAUCUAGUUUUUUCCCCCUUUAACCUACCUUUGCUUCUUGUGUACCUAAUUACCACCUGCUUAUAUGUAUGUUGGAAAGAAAUUGGGAUAUUUUUUCUGCAUUUUCUGUCACCUCAUUUUCUGUUCUUGUGGUUGUUUCUGUCUGUUCAGUGAGACAGUUCAGUCUGUCUAAUUAGCUGCUAUCAAAUGAUAAGAUAUGCACUUUAUUGGAGACUCAUCAAAGUUCUGAUAAGAAGUUUGUCAUUUGCAGAUUUGGGGCUCCUCUUACUUUGUCAUCAGUAUUAAUAUUUUGCAUUAAGGUUGCAAACAUGCUUAGCAGGAGAGCACUGAACACACAUACUUUUGGGGCGAAGUAAUUUUGUACCCCAAUAUCCUGUAAAAAGUGGCAAUACCCCUUUGGUUAUACUAUUCAAGUUUUCUGUUGAAACAUAUCCUGAAAGAACAUAAUACAUUUCUCUGGUGCCUUCAUGUUAUAACCUUAGUUGUGAGUUACCCCUCUCAUUUCAUCAAUUCAGAAAGGUACAGUGUAUAUGCUAAUAUUGCCUCUUUUGAAUUCCUUAUAGUGAAAUUGUUUUUGUAAUGAAAAGUACUAGAGAAGAUGUGAUAGCUUAUCACAUCUGCAGACAUAAACCUUUGCCAGAUUUAUUCGCUAAUGUAUGUAUACAACACUAUUCUGGAAACUAUCUUCAGUUAUCCUUGUAAAGUUCUAGAUUGGCCAGCCCCAGGACUGUUUAUGUUGUCUUAACUCAAAUUGAGUAAAUAUAAAAUUUUACAUAUAGAUCUUUAUUUAUUUUCUCCUUCAAAAGCCCAUGUUUCCAAAAAGAAGUAUAUUAGGGACAAAUAUUGACAGAAGGGAAAACGGUCUCAUUGUGGCUACAGGAAGCCACGACUGCCUCAGUUUCAGAGAUGUCACCAGACAUCGAUUACGUAUUUCCAAGCUUAAUUUCGGCUACCAAGCAGGAUAUUUAAAUUGAGGUGGUGGUGGAGAGCUGAAAUGGAUUCUCCAAACAUCAGGUAGAUGCCACCUUUUGUGUUUGUGCGGUAAUCACAACACACAUUGUCCCAGGCUUCCACCAACUAGGCAGGCCUGUUGAGUUCAUUAUCAGUUCAGUUGAAUAACACUAAAUACCAAAAUGUGAGUUUAAAGGAUAAUACUGCUUUCUGUUGUUCUACUGGUUUUCAGUGAAACUGUGCUGAGUUGUUGUUGUUUUCUUACUUUUUGUUUUUGCUAAAAGCUUGGCAGAAACUGUCUCAAGCAGGUGCUAAGUGAAGCCGUAUCUCUGGUGGGUGGACAGCCUUAGAGGAAACAAAAUGGUAAUGUCUGUGUCCAGUAAUUUAUUAUUAUUAUUAUUUUUACAUAAUCUGCCACUGACACUCAUGUGCAGAAUAGACACAGUUUCUACUCUAUGUCCCCUGAAUCUGUAUUGGUGCUUAGCUUCCUGGUUUUCUUUCACACAAUCGUGUAUUAAAGAGGUAAAACCUACCUUUGCUUCUUGUGUACCUAAUUGCCACCUACUUAUAUGUAUUUGCAUGAUUGGUGCUGAUUGAAUCCAGUGUUUUCCCACUUCAAGGCCACUGUUCCAGCUCGUUUCUUUCACAACUGCAGGUUUAUUUUCAUUAUUUUUUCUAUGAAUAUGCACUAUUGCAUCCAUUUGCUUAGACUCCUUACUAAUUUUGUCUAACAAAAGCUGAAAAACUGGCUACUUCAUGAUCCCCAAAGUUGGAGGCUUGGUGAUCCUAGAAAUCAGUUCCAGCUCAAGAUUGUCUGCUAUCCUGUUCUUCUCCUUCUCCCCACUCCCUCCCCCACAUUUUUAAAUUUAGUUAUGCAGGAGUUUUGUGCAGUAUGCUGCCGAAGGUAAAGUGUAUGGAAGCAAUUGCAGAAGUUCUGGAUGGGGAAAAACACAGACAUACAGGAAACGCGUUAAGAUUUAUUUCUGAGCCAGUGAGGAAAGGUGAAAUGUGAAGCGUGUGUAGACACAGCCUAAGAGUUAACCAAUCUUGGACAAAGCUCAUUUAUCAAACACAAGAUACAAGUUCAUGGCCUGGAAUUCCAGUUGUCAAUGGUACAGUUUCUUCUAUUAUACUGUGAGUUACGUUUUUAGCUAAAAUAUAGAAAUUUUGAUGAUAUUUGAUACACAAUCCAAUAGUGGACUAGAACUAAGCAGUAUUGCAUGUUAUGUUCUUAUUUGACAAUGAUUCAUUGGUGAAUUUGUUAGGGUUUUAGACUCCCUUUCCUAAGAUUCAUAUAGUUGUAUAAAUCUCUCUUAUACUUCUAUAAAGUUACCCUUUGUAGUUACCAAGGCAAGGCUGAAAUAGGUACUCAUCCCUAUUUUUUUAAAGGCAGCUUAUUGACUUUCAGAACAAAUUAUGAAACCCUGGAUUAUAUUUAGACACCUGAAUUAGCAAUAUUGCCUGAACAUUUAAGUUUUUGCAGCCUUUGUGAAUAACGGUGCAUUCACAUCUGAUUAUCUUUGCCUAGUAACAGGAAAAUACUCAGUGACUGUAAUUUUGUAAUGUUUGGUCAGUUCUCCCAAUUACUGUGACCAGAUACAUAUGGGGACAGAGUUCCUGUAUCACAGAAGUGGGAAUGUUGGCAGUCUUUGUCAAAAUGUCCACUACACAACCCUAGGUACAGAAACCCUAUCUUUCUCUGCUGCAGAUCACCCUACUUCUCAUUCCAAAAAAAGACCUGUGCUAUUUUUCUGCCACAAACGAACAGUGUUAAUAACAGAUUCAAGGUUUCUAAUCCAAGGUGUAUGUGUAAGAAAAUACAGUUUAUAUUCUUCUCCAAUCCUAGCCACUUCUUUCAGAUCUAAUGAGCAGAAUGACUCUGGCCAUAAGCAAUAAAGGUCUCCAUAAUUCCUAUUGAGGUAUGGCCAAAGUGUUUCUCUAAUACAGUUUCCUCCAGAUUAAUGCAGUGUUUUGUUGGGGAGAAUAAGGGUGAAAUUUAGUAUCAAACAUACAAAAUUGUCUUUAUAAGUUCAUGGUGGGUUUUAAAAAAUCUUAACAAUUUAUUUACAAAGGGCAUUUAAAAUUAUUUCACAGUUUUAAUACAUGUUUUCUGCUAAAUCCAUUAAAUUGUACCUAUGUGUAUAAAUAUGAAAUGGAUGACUGUCCUAAAGAAUUAGAUUGUUGGUUCUCUUGGAACAGGGCAGUUUUCCUCUAUUUUCAUGAAGGGCCUGGCAUGAGAAGGCUUCUUUUUUACAUCACUUGUUCUUUUUGAAACCUACCACAUAUGAGUGUCAGCUUACACCCUUAUCCGUUGCUAAGGACUAUGGAGUACAUAAGUACCAUUUUGAUUGAGGCCAUUUAUAUAUAUACGCCUUGAGACAUGCUGUCUAACAAUAUCUCUUAUUUGCCAUUUCCUCCAUCCUUGUAUCUCUAUUAGCAAUGAAGAAGGGGUUGUACAAUCUUGCUGCAGUCUUGUUUUGCCACUAGAUUGCUCCUGCUCCUCUUCCAUUCUCCCCCUGAAAAGAGGAAAGAAUUAGUCUUCUCAUGUAUAGCUUGUAUGUUCAAAUUCUGUUAGCAGAGAGCAUGAACUGUCUGCAUCAAACAGAAUCAUUUGGUUGGCAGAUGUUGCCUAAACAUGACCUGAACAUGUACAACUAUAAAGUUAUAUGAAUAAUAAGAUGUUUUAUUCCUAUUUGUGGUCAAAGCUGGGAUUACUUUCUGAAUUCUGCUUUUUGAGGUAUUGUGUGUGUGUGUGUGUGUGAGGGAGAGAGAGAGAGAGAAUAUCAAAUGAGGACCCAUCACUCAGGAAUUGCUACACUUUGCUUUUGUUUAGCAAUGGAUGUCAACAACCUCUAACAUGCUGUUAGUUUCCAAUGCAAUAUUAUAUAUAUUAUAUAAAAAUGCAUAUAUAUGGUACUAAUUCUGUAUUUUCCCUGAUAUUUGCCAAACCUUGAAUGCAGGCAGUUGUCUUGUUUUGUAAGACAUCAAUUGCUACUGAAUGUAUAGGAAUGCUUCCAUUUUGUAGAAGGAAAUAGUGUUUGUCUGGUAUACCACAAUAUGGUGUGUCCCAACCAGCAAGUAUGGUGCCUUUCUUUUUUAUGUUUAAGCAUAACAUUUCAUUCCAUUGUAGCAUCAACUACAGUUAUGUCUUUGGAAAUAUUGUUUGCUUCUUUAACUGCACUGUGGUUCCAAAGUUACAGUACAACUGAUCUAAAGCCUUGGCAUGAAAACUGAAAAUAGUCCAGUAAUCACCAGUGUGCCACAAAUGCAUUUAUUAAAUGCAUAAAUAUACAUUUCUAUAAAAGCCAAAACUGUAUUUGUAUGUUACUUUGUCAUUGCAUUGUAAAAUACUGUAAAGUUGUUGUAUGUCCUAAUUUUGCAUUAUACAAAUGUUUUCCUACAUAAAGGCAUCAAUAUAGCAACUUUGUAUAAAAGUAGCUUUCUAGAGUUUUAUUUUAUAAAAUAAAAAAGUCUAAAGAGUUGGGUAUUACCAUUGCCAAAUGACUGAAAAAAUUCACAAAACUAUUUUCUUUCCCCACCAUGGUUCUGUUUCCAAACAUUCCAGGUUUCCUUUUGGGAGUGAGUGAUUAAAAGUAUACUAUGCAUAGUAUGUUUAUUUAUCAACAUCCAUAUACUACCAUUUAAUUUUGGCUUCAAUUUUUAUUGAGCUUACCAGAUAUCAAUUUUUAAAUGUAUUCUGUAAUAUUGACAACAUUGUCCCCUCACCAGUGCCAGCUUCAUAAGAAUUGUAGCAUGGCAAUAAAAUAUUGAUUUUUACUAUAUAA